CUGGCUAUUGCUGACUGUGGUGGCAUAGAACUUUUGAUUGAAAUUUUACAACAAACCGAGAAGAUCGAGGUACGGCGGAGUAAUUUCGGCUGUUUUCAAUUUGCGGAAGUGUUAAGCAAUUCGUCUCGCUAAUUUCUAUGUAUGCUUUUCACUUUCAGUACCGAGAAGCUAUUAUAGGUGUGCUGUGCAAUUUGUCCGCGGUUGAGGUAAGACAUUUAUUGCGUAGAGAUUAAUUUCCUACUUUGUUUUCAAUCACGGUUUUGAAGAGGAUUCUAAGGGAUUGAAAUACGCCUCUGUUCUGUGAAACGUUCGUACUUUACAAAACGUUUUUCGGAACCUCACUUAUGCACUAGUUUAUUUACGUUUUUUUUCCUUUUUUAUCUAGUCUCUUCGUCUUCGUAUCCUCCUCGUCUGCCUACAUAUUAUCGUCCUCAUAAUCAUCAUCCCUUACUCCGAGUGGACAGCGGCUGCGGCUCGAGGACAGCUACCAAACAGAACUCAACCCUGGCCAGCAGUACUCGUCCAUGCUACUAGACUCGUGCGCAAUUUGUCUUCAGCUGGUACCAGGGCACGACAGGAGCUCAGGGACGAGAAGGACUUGAUCGACUGUCUUGUAUGGAUUAUUAGGAUUGGCGUUAAGAGUCAACAUUUUGAUGAAAAAGUAAGUGUUUUUUUUUUUUUCAGAAGUUGAACAAGACUAAGUUGCGUUCCACAGUACUCGAAAGAACUGUCUCGGAAUUUAGCGAAAUUCUUCCACUAGCAACUGGACACCAAAUUGAGUAAAAUAAAAAAAAACAACCGCUCAAAACAUUGAAGGGACAUGUAAAUUACACAGCAACUUCAAAAGAAAAGAUAGAUGGACUAAACUGAAUGAGAUUAAAACGGAUUGCAAUUAAGGUUUUUAAAAAAUACUGGUUAAAAGAAAAACGGAUGGACUAAACUGAACGAGGUUAAAACGGAUUGCAAUUAAGGUUUUUAAAAAAAACUGGUUAAAAGAAAAACGGAUGGACUAAACUGAACGAGGUUAAAACGGAUUGCAAUUAAGGUUUUUGAAAACUGUUCAAAAGAAAAGAUGGAUGGACUAAACUAAACGAGAUUAAAACGGAUUGCAAUUAAGGUUUUUGAAAAAUGUUCAGCCUGUCAAUUUUCAAAGUAUAUAACUCUGUAUGUGUUCUUUGUAACGUACAACAAUGCCGCUGAAGAGUGGACAUGUUUGUUUGCGUAAGCUGUGAUUUCGUCAUUUGAAGAAAUUUCUACACUUAGGUGAAAUUUUUAGCAAGAAAAAUUAUUGGUAAAAGUAAACAAAUGGACUUAACUACCUUGAUAAGUCGCUUUAAACUUUGUCGUCCAGUGCUUCGUAGGGUAAACGGGUGAAGUUAGCGCGAAUGAGUGCAAGUCGCUUCAAAAGUCCCUUGCAAGAUAUGAGGGAGCUUACGAAUCGACGACUUUCGCACGACGACGCCGUUGUAUUGCGUGACAUACCUACUGCGCAUGCCUGUCUUGGCACUUGCCGGCGUCGAGCAAAAGUCAAAAUUUGCAGCAAGCGCACCAACGUCGUCGUCUUUACUUAAAAUCGUAAAUUCAAAUUUCUAGAUGACGGCGACGCAGGACUAUGACGUGGCCCAACGGCGUCGUCGUGCGAAAGUCGUCAAUUCGUAAGCUCCCUUAGUUAAUGCUCCGUAUAGUGUGGAAUUGUGAAAAAAAAUCACUGGGCUGAACAAAGAAUGUACAUUUAUGCUAGAAAUUCCUCGCAGUCAUUAACUAAAAAAUUUCAUUUUGUUUGCUGGUUAAAUAAAAUGUAUUUUUCUCUUCGUUUCCAUAAAGAAAACGAAAACAAUGGCAAAAUUCUCACUCAAUCUUUCAAUCCCCAGUGUCUAGAACAUUCUGUGUGCACCCUGAGAAACCUGUCUUACCGGCUUGAAAGCGAGAUUGACAGGGAUCGUUAUGAUGAUGCUGACGUCAACGUGGACCCCGCUGCUGUAAGGGAGCAGCAGAAACAGGGCUGCUUCGCGGGGUGCGGGGGAAGAAAGAAGAAAAAGGUCCCUACUGAUAACAGACCCAUGGACCGUCCUAAGGGCCCACCUCAAGGAGUGGAGCUUAUUUGGCAACCACAAACAGUACAGCAGUAUUUUGUGUUGUUACGAAAAGCGAAGAAUAUCGAGACACUUGAGGGGUCAGCGGGCGCACUGCACAACCUAACGGCCUGUUCAUGGAAGGUGAGGUCACUGAUGUCUCUCUUGCUGAUAUUGCAUUCAGGAAUCUCAGAAUUGGCUCUGCAUGUCGCCUAGACUUCUCCCCAGUUCCAUUUCAUUCAGGUCUACAUAUGAGAAAGACAGAAAUAGUUCAGCGGCUCCGGCUGUUCAAACGAUGGAUAGCCGGCACCAUCCAUUGGAUAAGUAUUAGGGAAACUGAUUACGUUAUCCACUGGAUAGAGAUUUAUCCGGUGGAUAGCGUUAUCCAUGUUUUGAACAAUGAACUGGGGCCAGGUUAAAAUUAGUCCUUGUAGAAUGUGACUCAUGGUGCAUUUCAAACCGUUGCGUUUGUGGACGAAUUUGAGAUGUUGGUGCAUGGUUCUUCUCUAACUUUGAUCGAGUAAGAGGAUGAAUAGCUUCAAACUACUAAACCAUGCAAAAAAGUAAAUAAAAAGGGCUUGUUCCAUGAACCUGGUUCAAUGGCUUUAAAACUCUACGAGUCUCCUGUGGCUCAGUGAUAGAGCAACUAUACUAGUAACCAGAAUGUCAUAGGUUCGUCUCCAGUUGGGUGAACUCAAUUUUUUUCCCAGUGCGCUUGCGUCACUGUUUCAGCAAACAUAAUACAUGAACUGUACAUGUUUUCAGGUAUGUUUCAGUGAUUUUGAUAUGAUAAUAAGUUAGCCUGCGAAAACAUCCGUUUUUCCUCACUCCUUGCCUCUUGGGACGUUUCGCGAGGAGGAACGUCUGCGACUCAGCGACAGAAAUUCCAUACUGAUGACGUAAAUCCAUGUUUACAUAAUAAAUCCGGUAGUCAUGGGGUUCCAAAUGCAAAUUUGAUCAAAUUUACCUUUCUCUUGGUCGAUUUUGGUGAAGUGUUGUGUUCAUCUGCGAACGAGCUCCAGCAGAACUCAAAUGCUUCUUCUAGAGAAGAAUAUAUUCUACAAUUAUUGACUGUUUUGUUAUAGAUUCAUCGUUUACAUUUGUCCUUUUUGGCCUUUUGUCUUUUAUCUGUCUUUCGUAAACAAUAGCUAAAACAAUGUAACUACUCCGUCGUACAAUCAGCGCUCAUGACCGGAUUCCAGGCAGAACGUCCCCAUCGGCGAACGGCGAGGAGAAACGUCUGUUUUCGCAGGCUAAUGAAAAGUUCACUGUUUAAUAUCUUCUAGUGGGCGAUCAAGAUCCGCGGAGACACGAGAAAAGCUCAAGUUAUUCCACAGCUGGUCGAGCUGCUGCGAAUUGAUUAUGAUCCAACAAUUCGUGCCGCCGCCAUUGCUCUUCGGAACUUAUGCGUGGACCCAGAAAAUAAAAAAGCUGUUGGUAAGAAGGAAUUUCUGAUUGCAGGUUAUCUCAACUUUAAAAGCAACUAGUGUAUGAAAAUGGUGUGGACAAUUUUUGUAUAGAAAUCUCUGCACGUGUCCUUCCAUUACUCUUUCCGUUUUCGUAAUGGUCUUUUAAUAUUAUUUCUUGUUUUACAAAAUAUAUGAAAUACGCGAGGUCUUGAUUAUGUUACCUUGCUCGUGCUAAUUCCUUCCCCCCGAAACAUACAUACAACAACCAUGUAUGUCUUUUUUAGCAUAGUAAAAAUUUCCUUUCUUUUUUUGCCUUGACAUUUCCUUGCAGUGUCGAUUCCGAGCGAGGUGUUAAUGUAUAACUGAUUUGUUUGUUUGUUUUUGCGUAGUUUUUCUGCGGUGAAGAAAACCAGUGCAAUAAAUAAAACUGUACAUUUUUCAUUUCUCAUUAGGCGAGAAAGCUGUAGUCCAUCUUGUACAAAGACUCCCCACCGGGGAUGAGGAGAAGCCGAGACUUGUCCAGGACCCAACGGUAGCCUCGCUUCUAUGCGCCAUCUUUCAGCUGACCAAUAAGAACGACAAGAACGCCAAGUAAGUAUUAUAUAUGUUGUGGUUAAAUUUAAUCCUUGGUUUCUUUUGUUUGUGGGUAUGGUAAUGAGUUUGAUACAGAAGAAUAUGAAAAUUAAACCAAGGAUAAAAUUGAACUACAACAUAUACAUAUUCUUUCGUAUAAGAACUAUUUUUAUUGAGGUCAAUCAUUUAUAGGAGUUUAGUUACAAAUUGUAUCGCGAGAACGAUUGAGUCGCGAGAGAUACGCCGUUGAAGUAGCGAAGAUACUGGUUUAUACUUUUUAAUGCACUCAUUACGUGAUUUUGUCUUCCUGGUUUAUUCUCCUUCUCUUCUCUUCUGUUAAUAACGGUGAAACCAACUUUUUAAAGUUCCAAUUUGAUCUGGAAGGCAGGAGAUCUUUUUCAAUGAGUUCUUAAGAGCUCCUAGCUAUGCCAUGGGUAAACGAAUCUCUUUUCGUUUCUUUUUUGUUAGGUACCUCCGUAAAACCCCAGGAAUUCACAAGAUGGUGAGAAUAGCAACGGAUCAGUCUAAAACUUUCUCACCCAGGGUCAUAAAAAUAGCUAGUCAGGUAAGUAGUAUGGCUUUACUUUAUCGGCAGACUAUCGUAUGUGAAUGUAUGUCUAUGAAGUAUUGUAUGCAUUUUUUUAUACUUAGCCAGGCUUGUACUCUGGGUACAAGAGGUUUUUCUCUCGUGCGGCUGGAUACUUCGGUGUCGGCCAGAGACCGACAGAUUUUCGGGCGGAGGCCGAAGUCACGAAUGGCGUGCUUUGACAGCAACCGGAAACCGCGCAUGGAAAAGUCUCUGGUACCGAGGGUACCAAGUUUGAUAUUGUUGUUACAUGUAUAUUGUUUGGCUCUCUUGGUCAUCAUGUCUUUUCUCAGCGGUAAACGCUUCGUUUUGUCCCAGGUUCUCGCCAAUCUCUGGAGCCAUAGCCAGUUACAGCAACAAAUGAAGAGCGAAGGAUGGCAAUUCGACAGUACUCGGAACGCUGAACUAGCUCGAGCGCCCAUGGAUUUCGAAGCCACGUCUCUUCCUCGCACUCCCGACGAACGAAGCCUGAGAGAUCCGAGCAGAAGACGAUAUGAUAACGAAUACGUGGAUGGUGAGCCAUCGGGAGCCACCGACGUCUCUUCGGAGUCCGAUCGACAUCGCAGUUGGGCGGAGAGUAUAAACCAUGCACCCCCUCCCUACCCAUCUGAUGAUAGUUAUUCCAGGGGUAGCCGAUCAAGAGAAGAAUUUCCCAUGGAUGAAGUGUUAGGCUCAUCGCGCGCGUCAGCCGCGAACUCGGAACGAGACGAGAAUGAUAACGCAAAUGACAGGACCCUUAGGUUGAAGGACAGUGGGAGUGGGGGUGGAAAGAAUGAUGACGUAUGGGUCUGAGACUCGGCAGGGAGGGGUCGAAGAACUGAAUUACCCUCAUAGUUACUAGCAUCCAGAGACUCUUUUUUCCCCUCAAAGCCGACAUGAUUUUUUGGGUAGGACAAACAGUCUGAUCUUGUGCAGGCUGAUAACACCCGAUCAGUUUUACCAUCUUGGCGAGAUCUAAAUGUUAGUGUUUCCAGCUCGCUUUUAAAAAUGUGUUCAUCACGUGUCGGAGUUCCAAUAUGUAUUUUUCCUCUGUACCGCAACAUGAUCAAUUACAGAUCGCAACUUUCAGACUUUUAUUCUUACUGGUAAGAACAUUUAUAACGACUACUCGUUGGUCCAAUUUGCGUCGCCAUACUGACGAAAUAACUUUUUGUACUUGUCUUCCGCGACCUUUUGUGAAUGUAGAAUCGGAGACUUAGUGGCGUAUUAGGAAAUAGGUAUUGAUAAGUUUCGUAGAAUAAUUUGUACAAUUUUAUUAUCUUGGGGAAUUCCUCUGUAAGGAAAGAAAACGAAUUACCAUUCGUUUGUUUAACGAUGUAACACAGUUGGUAAAUAAUGUACUUACUUCAUAUUUAUCAAAGGAGGGUAACGAGAAAAAGUCACGCUACAACUGAAUCGACGAAUUUUAAUAAAUUUGAGGUAACGUGCUGAAACAAGCGUGUAUGCAGUGAAAAGAAUUCCUUAACUUGGAGGAAGAAUUUUUCCCUUAGCGAGCAUUGUCGAUUUUGUCUUCAAAACUUACGGUAGAUAUGAUAAUUUAUAUUUAUGUAAUUUUUGAAACAACACCUCUUUGAACAUUUUCAGUGCAACAUAAUAAAUAAUUAAAUUCAAGGCUUUGUGAUUAGCUUAAAAGUGCCGUUUUCCCUCGAACUGCUUGCCUUGAUGGUUCACUUGCAACUUCAUUUGGAGCAUUGCCUGAGCUAAAGCAAUAUUUAUUCAGUUUACGUUGUUUGGUUUGGUUUGCGUUGUUUGGUAAAAAUGGCACUUUGUUUAGACGAUAGGAAGUGACAUGUAUAACAGGUAAUAGUAUAGUAUAUUUUGUAUUGCAUGUCAAAAUUCCAAUAGUUAGUAAACAUGUACAUGGAAUUUGUGCGAAUUUAGGCUCGG